CCCAAUGUGGCCCAUUGUUUUCUCAGCUACUCUCUCACCUGGUUCUGUUCUCUCUCUCUCGCGUUUGUAACUCAGUGGAGAAGAAAGAUCCAAACCGAUCCGUUUGAGAAGGGAUUUGGAAAUAUCUGAGCUAUGUCGAGUGCGGUGGACGCAACUGGGAACCCGAUCCCUACAUCCGCGGUGUUGACUGCGUCGGCGAAGCAUAUAGGAUUAAGAUGUUUGCCUGAGAACGUUGCCUUCCUCAAGUGCAAAAAGAACGAUCCCAACCCCGAGAAAUGUCUCGACAAGGGCCGUGACGUCACUCGCUGUGUCAUUGGCUUGCUGAAGGAUCUUCACCAGAAGUGCCAAAAGGAGAUGGAUGACUAUGUUGGGUGUAUGUAUUACUACACCAACGAGUUUGAUCUCUGCAGGAAAGAGCAAGAAGCCUUCGAGAAAGUGUGCCCCCUGAAAUGAAUGAUUAAAUCUGUGAUCUCUUAAUAAAGCGACAAGCUUUACUCUCUUCUCUUUGUUGUUUUCAUCAAAGCAAUUUUACUCUCAAAACACUUUUGUUAUCAAAGACAACCAAAUGACUCAGUUUUCAUUGUUCGAUGGUUCUUUAGUGAGCACAGGAUGGAUAUUCCGGAUGAACAAUAUGUUUUAUGAGCUUAAUCUGUUACCAUA